AUGUCCUUCGGCGGAUUUGGCAACUCAAACGCCGCCCCAAGCGGUGGCUUUGGAGGCUUUGGAUCUAGCGGAACUAGUGGUGGAUUUGGUAACUCAGCAGCUGCUUCUCCUUUUGGUGGAGGUGCUACGACCGGCGGAUUUGGGGCUGGCGCGUCAACAUUUGGCGCUGGCGCAGCUAAACCAGCCUUUGGAGGCUUUGGAACGGCAGCACCAUCCACUGGUGGCGCUUUUGGUGCGCAGCAGACGAACACGACCGGUUUUGGUGGAUUUGGAGCUGCUACGACACCUUCUACGGGCUUUGGAACUGGGGCAAAUCCUACGACGACGUCAGGCUUUCCAGCCUCUUCGGCGUUUGGGGGAGGUGUAAACUCUGGUGGAUUUGGAUCCACAGGUACAUCAGCUUUUGGAGCUAGCACUCCAUUCGGCGCUAAACCAGUUGCAAGCUCCAGUCCAUUUGGAGCCACUAGCGCAUUUGGUGGUACUGCAGGUACCACCAGUGCUUUUGGUGGAGGUGCCACGACGGGAGGAUUCGGGACUCCUUCAUCAGCAAGUAGUGGCAUGUUUGGUAGUACGACGGGUGGAUUUGGGGCUUCUGCGGCAAAAAGUCCAUUUGGAGGGCCAUCGGUAACCACACCUGGAGGAUUUGGUGCUCGGGCAACGACUACUUCAGCUUUUGGAGGUUUUGGAUCGCAGUCAGUACCUGGCUCGGUAAGCGGACAGGUACAGGUUGGUACAGGUCAGCCGCCUUAUCAGCCUACGCGAGAGAUGGAUCCGUCUGGAACAGGUGGUACCGCUAAUUAUAUAUCAAUCUCUCGCAUGCCAGCUUACUCGCACAAGUCAACUGAGGAGUUACGGUAUGAAGACUAUUUGAAGCGUACGAAUCCUGCCGCAGCCCAGGCAGCAGCAACACAGAACGCUCCAACACCUGGUAUGAUCACAGCUGGUACAGGAGCAUUUAGUGGAUUCGGUGCGCAGCCAUCUACUACCUCGGCCUUUGGCUCCACUCCAAGUUUUGGCACUCAGUCAUCAGCAUUUGGUGCACCGUCCACUGGCUCGUCUGGAGGCUUUAACACUUCUGCUUUCAAUUCUACAGUAACUUCAGCACCGACUGGUGGAUUUGGUGGAUUUGGAUCGCAACCAGCAGCACCCGCAACAAGCGGUGGUUUUUUUGGAGCUACAGCUCAGCCUGCAACAAGUGCAUUUGGUGCUCCAGCAACAAACAGUGCAUUUGGAGCUCCAACUACAAGCAGUGCAUUCGGUUCUGCGCCGGGCUCUACCUCGGCCUUUGGAGCGCCGGCUUCUAGCGGUGGCUUCGGUAGCAGUUUUGGUGCGGCAGCACCGGCGCAGACAGGUGGAUUUGGAGGGUUCGGUAACACGCCAGCGGCUUCGUCUGGCUUUGGUAACUCUGCAUUUGGAAAACCGGCAGUGUCAUCUGGGUUUGGAAGCUUUGGAUCGACCGCAACCGCUGCUGCCACUCCAGCUCCGGGAGGAUUCGGAUUUGGAGCUACGCAACCCCAAGCAGGAGUAAAUUCGUCAUUUUUUAGUGGAGCUAGCAACGCGGCACCCGCGAGUUCAGGAUUUUCGUUUGGUGCUAACGCGUCGAAGCCAGCAGCUACCGGAGGUUUUGGUUUUGGCUUUACUGGCGGAAACACAGGAAGUGCUUUCGGAGCUUCUGCGGCACCAAGUGCUUUCGGGAUCACACCUGCACAACCGACAACAGGUACAUCGUCUCUCUUUGGAUCUACCACUGGAGCAAAUGGGUCAACUAGCGGCUUUAAUUUCGGCAAUACGCCAUCUGCCGCAACUGGAGGAACAACAAGCUUAUUUGGAACGAAUAAGCCUGCCUCAACCGGCAUUUUCGGAUCGACAACGGCUCCCACUGGGGGAUUUUUUGGAAACACUUCCGGUACAGGAGGUUCUUCUCUGUUUGGAGGAGCGAACACUUCAAACACUGGAGCUACUGGGUUCGGUUUUGGCACUGGUAGUAGUUUUGGAAGCACAGGCACUGGGAGUUUUGGUGGUUUUGGUACUACUGCGACUCCUGCUACUCAAGGAGGAGGUUUUGGAACGACGAGUAGUUUGUUUGGACAGUCGCAACAGCCAGCUCAACCAAUUUCUGCGCCUCCACAGAACUUGGUAGCAGCUCCUGAUAUUAAUCCUUAUGGCGCUGGCUCUUUCGGAGCUGGACUCGUCGAGCAGAAUGUGAAGGCUGCGCUGGAUCUUCAAUCGCUGAAAUUAGGCUCCAAUGCCUCUCGUCUAACCUCUUUUGCGGAUGAUGUUGGUCUUCCAAGGGGUCCAUUGGAUCCACCUUUGACAACGCGACGCCGAACUCUCCAUAACCGCCAUGCCAUUCCGGUGUCAUUCAUUCGAGGAUCAUUUAAAGGGUCUAAAAGCCGGUCACCGACGUUUACAUUUCCGGCAUUAACUUCGACUUCUUUCAGCGCUCUUCGACCCGAAACAGAUUCAAAUGGUGAUAGCAGUACAAAGUAUAAUGACUUUAAGUUUACGUCAUCUUUGUUCCGCAAUCCGAUGACGAAGAAGCUUGUGAUUGAUAAAGGUGAGCUGUCUUCAAAGCGAGACUGCGAACCAACCACUCGUGUAUCCAUUGUGCCAAUAUCAGAUGGCGAUCGUGUCGACAUUCGCGAAAUCAGAAGCAGUCACUCUCAAAGAAUGAAGCCUGGUGAUGACGGCAAGUAUGGUAUCAGCUUUUGCAACCAGAUUAACAAAAACCUUUUUUCGCUAAGGUUGUAUCCAAAUCAAACGGUAAAGCAAGCCAGAACAGAAGUGAAGCAAUUGUUACGUGAGAGCUGUGGAUCUGCAGUGCCCUCGAUUGUCGAUAUCGAACUAGUACUGAAGGGAAAAGUUUUGCACGAUAGGAGCGUCUUAGAAGAGCUUCAGCUGAAGGAGGGGGAUACAAUUGACGUUAUUGUGAUAGAAGAUCGGGUCGUGAAAGAUGACAUAUCUAAAGACCAACAUAGUUUGCUUUCCUCUCUCGAUAAAACGGCUGAUAUCUCCUCUAGUGAAGAAGUUGCUCCAGCAAAACGCUUUAUGACGUAUGACGAGUAUUUGGCCGCUGCCAGUCGUGAUGAAGCCGAUGUCUUUAAGGAAAUCGAAUCGAAUGGCGCUUCACCUUUAUCACCAUCGUGCCCAACUUUAAAAAAUAAGGACUAUUAUACCAAACCAUCAUACGAACGACUUCAAGCUAUGACAGACGACGAGCUAUCUGAAGUAGAGCAAUUUACUAUAGGUUGUCGGGGGUUAGGAGCUGUUGAAUGGAUUGGCAAGACUGACGUACGUGAUCUCGACCUUGAUGAAUUAAUUUGUUUCGAGAGAAAAGAGGUUAUUGUUUACAAAGACGAAGACAAGAAACACGCUCUAGGGAAGGGUCUUAACAAGCCUGCUAUUGUUGAACUUUUGGGUAUCUUUCCGCCGCGUAAAUCUACUUCUCCCGAAAAUUAUAAAGAGCGUGUGAAGCAACGAACUCACGAUAUCGGAGCGACAUUUCUCGACUACUCGGUAGAAAAUGGUAUUUGGCGGUUUCGUGUCGAGCACUUUAGUCGGUAUGGUCUUCAAGACGAUGACGCUGAUGACGACGUCGAUAUGAGUGGUCAUGAUGCAAAGCUUCAGCACAUUUCCAAUGCGCCACAAAAGCCUGAGAUGACUCGUAGACCUGUGGAAAUUCGACUUAACAAGACCUCUACGGCCGAACGUAGUAAGCUUUGUCGUCAGUCUGGCAUCUUUACUAAUCACAUCAACAGCAAUAGUGUUGUCGCAUCGUUUGCGGACAGCCAGAAUUCUUUUACCGAUAACAACAAGCUGGUUAUAAGGUCUACUGCCUUAGAAAAUACCGAAUCUCACUUCGAAUGUAAUUUUGAGGAGGUGUCAACGACGAAGGAAGAUCAGUAUCAUACCUGUGAGGUAUUUCCUGUGGUCCCGUACAGACUAAAGCCGCUCGACGUAAACAGCACUCAGAAAGCAGAGGACAAAUCACCAACGUACCAGAUGAUGGUGCAUGCGCUGAAGCGGGAACAAAAUGAUGUUGUGCGAAAUCAUAUCGACGGUGGUAUGUUAAUGGCUCGAUCGUUUCGUUGUUCAUGGGGACCGAAUGGCGAGCUGGUAAACCUGGGAAAACUUACUACACACGCUGAGAAUUGUUUGAGUCUAUCAAACCAGGGACAACGCGUUUGCAUCGAAUUUCCCCUUCGUUUUUCCGAAACGCGUAGGUCGGAUCUUCAAGAUGGACUUCGACUGCACUAUGAAUUCACUUCGCAGGGACGGGACCCCGACAUAUAUAUUGAACGAGAUGGAUACGAAGUUCCUGCUCAGUAUGCAAUUCAAGCUCAGGGCCCGCUGAUGAGUUGUUUGCACAAAUAUGUCGCCCAUUACGAAUCGCGAGCUCAAAAAAUACCAAGCGAAAAGCACACUCUGCUACUUUGGAAAUUAGUUCAGGCUUUAUGGGGUCAAGAAUACGGCGCUCAGAUGGAUGACCGACAUGAUUCUGCACUCUGUCCUCUCGCGUCACAGGAUUGCCCUAAUGAAUUAGAGACGAUGAAGUCCUCGCAAAGUAUUGAAAUUCGUCGAGAGGCCAUUUCGCAGUGGUUCGAGUCUGCUCUGCUUGUUACCGAAACCGGUGCGACGAACAACUCUACUGCAAGUCUAGAAGGCGUUUUGAAUCUUCUGUGCCAGCACCGCAUAUUGGAAGCAUCCGAGAUGGCUGUAGAUUGUGGUAACAUUCGCUUGGCAACGCUAAUUGCUCAGACUGCCUCUUACGAAGGCGAUGUUUUUCGUCGUUUAAUGGAAACACAAAUGGCCCAAUGGACCGAAAACGGCUCGCUUGAGUUUAUGGACAAAACUUUGGUUCUGAUCUACAGUGUCAUGGCAGGUAGUGUUGAGGUACUAACGACACAUAAAGGUGCGAGCUUAUCCUGGAUAAUGUGCCUUGCACUAUUUUUGUGGUAUAAGAGUGGACCGGCAACGUCUUUGAAGUCUGCCAUGACACUUUACAAGAACGCAGUCCAAAAGCAACAAGCUUCAAGCUCUCGUUCUCAGUUUGCUGUUGCUGGUACAGACAAGGAUGACAUUCUGAUGGAACUUUUGAAGCUUUAUAUCGAAGAUGCUGCAUCACUUCGCACAGUGUUGUCACCGAGUGGCUUUACAAGUCAGAAGAAUGGCUACCUGGACUAUGAGCUGACGUGGCAUCUGCACAGCGUUUUGCGUGCAAUCGGCUACAAACUGGAUCGUGAGUGGGAAUCGCAUAUUCACCAGAACUUUAUUCGGCAAUUAGAGGGCGUUGGCUUAUGGGAGGACGCAGUCUACGUCGCUCUCAACAUUUCAGAUGUUCUCGAGCGUGAAAGUACCUGCCGUGAGCUGCUAUUUCGCAAUGCAGAUGUGUUAGAUUUGGACGUAUCGAAACGAAAGCAGCUUUGUGAGCGCUUAAGCCUUCCAACAGAGUGGAUCAGUGAAGCUUUGGCGGUACGAGCAGCUGCAAAGCAGGAGCGACAUGAGGAAAUUGCCCAUUGGAUUGCAGCCAAUCGAUACGAAGAAGCUCACGCGUGUUUGAUUGGUCACGUCGCAAUGCACUGUCUUUUUACAAACGAAAAGGACGUACUGCUCCAGUUGCUUGAAGAGCUUGAACCUAUGGCUGUAUACAUCUCUCAGUGGAAAAGUUGUGAAACAGUGGAUACGAUUGGAGGUGGUCUACUGCUAGAGUAUCUUCGUCUUGAACUGCAAAAGGGACUUAAAGCUGGCCACGAAGAUCAAUUUCUACAGCGUGUGCUCCUGCUCUCGCAGCAGCUUUCUAGCGCACAGAAUGCUUCGGCCACAAAUACUGGCAAGAAAAAUGUUCUGGCGCAGACAUGCGUGUCAUCGAUGGUUGUCUCUUUGGCUACUCAUGCAGUUCAAUUGCGGUCGCUUUUGUCUUAUGCGCAGGAGCGCGAGUCGACGACUGAUGUCUCAUCGGUGACGCCGCUGGAGCUGGAGCCUGAAUUUCUCAAUGGCCUUUCGCAUCUCGUUAUCGGGCGUGAGACGAGCUUUGUGGAGUCGUACCGAUCAAACCAGCUGAUGCACCUCUGCACGACGUUCAUUGACUGGCGAGCUUAG